AUGUCUAAAUAAACUAAAUAGGAGAAAGAGAAGGAUGAGAAAGAUAAAAGAAUAGCAGUCGCCAUCAACUUCAUAAAUACACCAAAUCUACAGAAUGUACCUAGGUCUGAAUUAGAAAAAUUUCUUAAGAAAAAAGGCUUGAGUGAUUCAGAAAUUACGGAGGCUUUUGAUAAGGCUAAAUAAUAAAAGGAGGAACUUAAGGCAAAGGAAGACGAGAAAGAAAAAGAUUUAGUUUCUAAAUUACAGCAAUAUGGGGGAAUUCCUUAAUAAAAUCAGGCAUCCGAAAAAUUCAUCAAUCCUUAAGAAUUAAAAGACUUUGUUGACAAAGCAAAAAUAUCCAAUUUGAUAUCAAUAAGAAAUAGAGGAGUCACAACUAUUUAUGAAUAGAUUCUUGGUUUAAAUAAUCUACAAAUUCUGAUUAUUUCGAAUAACAAAAUUUAAAUAAUACCAUAAAGCAUUAAAAACCUAACUAAUCUGAAAGUAUUUCAUGCAUCAUGUUGUAAUUUAUAAGAUCACAAUAUUGAAAAUGAAUUCUUUGAACUAACUUCAUUGCAAGAAUUAAAUAUGGCUAAGAAUUAAUUAUCAAAUAUUGAUAGAUUUACAUCUUUAACUGAGUUAGUGUUGUUAGAUUUAUCAAACAAUGAAAUAUUCAGAAUCCCAUAAAAUGUAGAUAAUUUAAAAAAGCUAAAAUUGUUAAGUUUAAGAGACAAUCAUUUGACAUAUCUCCCAGUACAAUUAAAACAAUUGAAUGCCCUAAAAAAGUUAUAUUUAGAUCAAAAUGCUCUUGAAGAUCCACAUAGGGUGCUUAAACAAAAUAAUCCUGAGCUAAUAUUCUAAUAAGGAAUAUUUGAGGAAUAACAUUAAUGA